AUGGUAGAAUCUGAAUCAGAUCCCAAAUCACAUUUGAUCAAACAUAUAAGUGACAUAUCAAACCAUGCAAAAUCAUCAUGUCCCCAUCGUUGCACAUUCGACUCGAACAGUUUCAUCGAUUGGUACAUUCUUCUUCAAGUUGAUGAUAAUGUUGGUGUUGACAUAAUUAGAAAAAAGUAUCAUAAGUAUGCAUUAUUGCUCCAUCCAGAUAAAAACAAUCACCCCAAGGCUGAAUUCGCUUUCAAGCUGGUCUCCGAGGCAUACGGGUGCCUUUCAGACGAAUCAAGACGAUUAGAAUUUGAUGCCAAGAGAUGGAACAAUACGUGCAACGAGUGCACGAAAACACCAACAAAAACUAGGACUAAACCAAAAGGGUCGACGUCGUCUCCUCUGGAUAGAUCAAAGUCUAAGAAGAUAUCAUCAAGAGUGAAAGAAGUUAAAGCUAAGUUUAGGGAAGAAGCAAGAGUGAUAGAGAAGUGUUUAAAGGCCAAUGCAAAUAUUGGUGUCUUUAAUAAAGAAAUGCCGGUAUUUGAUCCAAAAGAUUACGGAACCACUCGAGAAAAUCCUCACUCUCGAGUUUUUAGAUGCAACGAUGACACAAAUAGCAGCUCCAAAUGGUUAAAGAAACGAUUCAAUUUUGAUAACCAAGUGAGAUGUGAGUCUCCUGUAUUUGAAUUUAAACCAAACCGGUCAUCGUAUAAUAAGCUCAAACCCAUUCCAAUGCCGAUUUGAUGGAGAGAAAGUCAGGGAGGACUACUUUCACGUUUUGUUUCUUCAUUGAACCACUUGUGGCCUGGGUUUGAUUUCCACUAGUUUCAGUUCAUGGUGGCAAGAAAAUAAUCUUGAUUGAGUUCUUAAUUAAUAAGCAUUUAUUUUCUACCACUUAAGUGAUAUAGUGUACAAAGUUCUUGAAGUUCAUAUAUCGAUAAAUCAU